GCAACGUCGUCGUGGGCUUCAUUGCGGACACAAGUGAACGCGGUUCAGCACGGUUGAGCUCAAGAGUGACGCCAGCCUUGCCGCCUUGUGAACGUGAUCCCAAGAGGUCUGUGCUUCACUAUGCUCGACCUCUCUUCCUCGCAGGCUCUGAUCAGCCGUCUUCUCGUCUCUGUUUCUCUCUCAGUUCUUUUCCUCUGAAAGAUGUCCUGGUCUUCCUCGUACCUUCCUCCGUCCCGUCGCUCUCGUUCUCGCUCGCCAGGGCCCGACUACCAGUCUGAACAGCAGCGGCUGGCGGACCUAGAUGUUUGGAACGCCGACGAGAGGGAACAAGUGAUGGGUCUCGAAAGAGACAGAGGAUACAACCAUCGGCGAAGGCGCAGUCCGGCGCAAGAUGGAGGGGGCAGCAGGAAAAGGCGACGGUCCAUGUCUCCAUAUGAACGAGACCGAUACGAGCCUCGUCCUCGAUACGGCGACGACUAUGAUCCUUACUUUCGCGGGCAUUCACCCCCGAGACGCGGUCAUCUCGCGAAACGAGCCCCUCCGGAUCCUCAUACUUUCGAUUACCCGGCGUCCCUAAAACAAUACGCUGACUGGUUUCGGUACUUUUUCCCUCAAAAGGCCAUUGAUGAAGACAACGCCGACAAGGCUGCUGAGCAAGAAGCCGGAGAUGGUUCGAAACCUCGAAAUGGCAUUAAAAGCCACUGGGAGCAGUACAAAAAGGAAUUUGCGUCGAAUCAACUGAAGACGAUGUUCGAACACCACCGGAAGUCGCCAUGGUUUGCUGAGAAGUAUGAUCCGUCUCCUCCAUACCAGAUGCUACGUGCCAGGAUUAGGAAAGAGGGCUGGCGAGGCCGUCUUGUGACAUUCUUACAUGAAUUGGAAUCGGGAAAGUUCGACCCUGAUCUCAAUGAGAAUGAGCCCAAGUCGCCGGUGAAGGAUGUCCCGGCCAACGGAGAAUCCAAGGAUUCAAACGUCGCUACUGAGAGCAAGGCUGAUGGUGACGACGAACUGCAGUUCAACCCUGACAUCGAUUUCGACCCUCUUCUGGACCUUGAUAUCUCACGGGACCUCAAUGGCAAAUCUGAUAACAAGCGAUCAAACAAGCGAGACUGGGACCGUGGUGAAGAGAUCGCCGUACGUCCUGAGGGCAACCAGAUCAUGAUACGGACUAUUCCACCGGACAUUGGACGCAUCAAACUUGAAGAAGUCUGUCGUAAAAUUCCAGGUUUUGUCUAUCUCGCGUUAGGUGAUCCCAUGCAGAAGCGCAACUACUACCGUGCUGGCUGGGUUCGUUUUCAGGAAGACGCCGAUAUGGUCGUCGCCAUGAACGAAUUGUCGGAGAGAAAGAUCGAAGGUUUCAAGUUACAUGUUACGCACAUCAUGCGGCCAUUUUUGAAUCGUGUCCGAUAUGCACCCGAAAUCGCUAGCAAACCUGAUAGACUUGAAAAGGACCUUAAUAACGCAAAAGCCUUGGCUGCCCUUCUCGAGGAGGAAGCUUAUAAGCUACGACACAUGAAGGUUAAGCUCGAGGAUACUCUGAAAGUUGAUGGUGACUCAGCAACCCAAGGUCAAGCUGAUGCAGCGGACGCGGCGCAGGAACCUACGGAUGAUGACGAAGACGAGCCCAUGGAAAGAGGUAGUGAUGCAGUUGAGCGGCGCAUUGAAAAAAUCAUGUCCGACUUACGUGAGCAAAAUCUCUUUGAUUCAAAUGACGAAGCGCUUUGGACUGCAAAAAAGACUCAAGUUUCAUUGGAUCUUUAUAUUGAGUAUCUGCGAGCAGCGUUCCUCACUUGCUACUACUGUUGUGUCGUUAGCGAUCACAUUGAGGCAUUACAUCGUAAGUGUGUCAAGCACGUAAGGAAGCCCCUGCCAAGCGGGCAACUUGAAGAGAUGGUGAGGGCAGCAGAAGCGGAGAAAGCAGAGAAAGAAUCUAAAAUGCAAGAGGAGGAGUCAUUUGGUAAGGUUGGACAGGAUGAGAAAAAGGCGAAGAAAGAUGACCGAUGGAAGCGAAAUGACGAGCGUUGGUUGGAUUGGUUGGACUCCAAAAUCGCACUUCUCAUCAAUCGGGACGGUGUCGAUGUCCGCGAAUAUGGCGGAAAGAGCUACGAUGAGAUAUUGGCUCGGGCCGUAGACCCCUUCAUCAAGCAAGAAGAUGAAGGCAAGUUUCGGUGCAGGAUGUGUCAAAAGUUAUUCAAGGCUACGUCCUUCGUCGAAAAGCACAUUGCCAAUAAGCAUCCCGAAUCAAUCAAAGAAGUUGAGGAUGUGCCCUACUUUAACAAUUUCGUCCUUGAUCCGUACCAUAUCCAACCUUUUACCCAUCCGCCCAUCCAGAUGGGUCAUACUAACCAGAUGGCGCCUCCGCAAGCGUAUGGUAUCCAAGGCCCUUUGCAUGGUCAUCAGUACCAACAAGGCCCACCUCCCCCCGGACCUUGGGGCGUGGACUUGUACUUUUCUGGACUUGGGGUAUAUCCUCUUCCACCGCAGCGCCGUGACGACUCUGUUGGACGUCGACUUAGUGACCGUAUUGGGGGCGGUUCCGCGACGAUGGAGGGACCUGUCAUCCCAGCUGGUGCCGGUCUCCCGCCUAAACCUAUGUCUGCAUUGGAUACUCCCCUUAGCAGCGGUAACAACCGAAGAGGGGUGAGGAGUGGUGCUGCGCCAGCGACUGGGCCACCUCCCCCUCCCCCUCCUGAUGCGAAGGAGGACCCCCGAGCCGCAGCUGGCAAGAGGGUUAGCUAUCAUGACAUGGACCUGGUAGCGGAGGGCGAUGUGGAAUUAUCGUAUUAGAUUAGUUAUUGGUUAUAUGGUCCUGGAAGGAUAAAAACAAUACGGUUUCUUGUUGUCGCAAUCUGUUCUACUAAUUUGUACUUGUUGAUGAUUGAAAUCAAACAUCCUUUCUCACUGCUGCGUCGGGUGAGGUUUAACU